UGAUCAACCAUGGUUACAGCGAGAGUGGAGCAGCGGGAUAAGAUUCUUCAAUAUCUGGAGGAUCCAGCUGUGUCAAGAAUCGUGGUCUCCGGCCAAUCCGGGAUGGGGAAAACAUUUCUCGCCAGAGAAAUCGCCGAUCAAGCGAUCGAGAAUCGUUUAUGUUUCGAGACGAUCUGGUUAUCUCUGAACCGGAGACACGGCCAGAGCUCUGUCUACGAGACAAUGGCUCAUCACUUGUCCGUACUUCUGAACUACGAGGAGCUCGACGAGGAAGACGGGUCUGAGGAGAAGGAGAAGGAGAAAGAGACGAUCGAGAACCUGAUGGAAAAGAUUGCUCGGGAGAUCAAGAGAAAGAAGGAAUCUGCAGAAGAGAUGUUCCUUCUGGUGAUUAUGGAUGAUGCUGGGAAGAAGACGAGUGAGGAGCAAGUGAUGACAGAAUUUGGCCUCAAAGAUUUUCUUACAAAUCUCAAAGUUCCAUGGAAGGUUCUGACCACGAGAACAACAAAGGACGAGAGCUCUGUUUCUGGUACAGAGACGGUUGAGUUGGUUGGCCUGAAUCUGGAGGCUUCUUGCCGGUUAUUCCAGAGCUUUCUUGCUGAGAAAGUCUCCUCAGAGCUAGGGCUCGACGUUUCUUCCGUCGCAAAAAAGAGCGAUGGUGUGCCCGCAGGAAUCACAGUGCUGGCGAAAUCCCUGAGUUAUAUGGCACGACACGGUUCCAUGUCUCUCUCUCCGACACUGACAAAGGUUUUCAGGAGAAACGGUAUGUUGGUCGGCAAGAGAGAGGAGGAAGAAGAAGUUUAUGUAGAGGCCGCGGCCAUUACAGGCUGUGAUCUUCUACUGUUGCUCAGUUACCAGACGUUAACGAGUGAUGCCACUGUCAACUGCUUGAGACAAAGCUUGAGAUAUUUCGAGAAGCAUGGCGGGGUUUAUUACAGGGAUCUGGUCAAUCACUGGAUUCUUGAAGGGUACUUUGAUCCGGUCGAGAGCAUGAAGACAAGUUAUCAGGAUGCAUUCAAUGUCCAGACGGAACUAUUAGAGCGAGGAAUGCUCAAGAUUCAGGAAGAUAGCAUGGUGAUUCCAGAAGAGAGAAUGAGAAGCGUGUUUGAUCUUCUUCAGACGCAUGGUGGGAACUCAAGCUUGAGAUUGACUGAUGUAACUCACGACAACGAUCAGAUAUGUCUCGGGACAACUGUCCUGAUCGACGAUAUUAUCAAGAAAGUCACCGCCAAGAAUGUGUCCAUGGUUAUGGUGAGUGGAAACCGUCUGCGCAAGGAAAUUCCCAAGGAUUUCUUCGAGAAGAUGCCGGAUCUUAAAGCCGUUGCCCUCUUCAGCCCGGCUUUUGAUUCGCUCGUUCCGUCGUUAUGGAAACUGAAGAAACUCAGUGUUCUUGUGAUAAGGGACUGCAAUGUCUUGGAUGACAUUGACGCCAUUGCUGAUCUCGAGUCGCUUACUGCUCUCGAGAUCUCUGGAGCUGGUGCCUUGAAGGGAAAUCUCAGAGAUUCUUUCUUCAGGAAAAUGGCUCACCUUCAAAGCCUUAACCUAUCCAGAAACCCUUUUCAGUAUCUUCCCUCUUCCGUUUCUUUACUCAAGGAACUCAGUUACCUUAUCCUCAGACACUGUCCUAAACUGAAACACUUGCCCAACCUUCAAUUCAUGGAAAACCUCGAGGUUAUCGAUACUUAUGGUUCGACUUCUCUGUCUGUCUCCGACGAAGAAAACCAUAACACAAACUUUUUCCGGCUGAAACGUCUUCAGCGUCUCGAUUUCUCUCGCAGCAAACUCAUCCGGAUCCCUCUUUUCCAAAACACGGGAUUGAGAUGGAGUGGAUACCGAGAAGCCUUGACACAUCUGAUAUUGAGAGACUGCAUCAAACUCACUAGACUACCGAGCCUUAAACCUUUGUCUGGUCUAGAAGUUCUCGAUCUUUCUGGUUGCGUUGGUGUCCAUGAAAUAAGGAACGCGUACUUUGAAGAAAAGAAGAAACUCAGAGUCCUCGAUCUAUCCGGAACUUCCAUCAGUGCCUUACCUUCUUCUUCCGAGAAACUCUAUAGUCUCCGCGAGUUGAUUCUAAGGGACUGUCUUUCUCUGACAUCUCUUCCCAGAAUGGAUGAUCUUACCAGCCUCGAAGUGAUCGACGUUUCUAACUGUAGAACCCUAACCAAAAUCGAUGGAACUUUCGAGUUCAUGCCUCGUCUCGAAAAUCUUUCUCUGUCUGGCACCAAAGUCACGAGCUUACCGGCUUUUCCCAAGUCUGGAAGUCUCCGCAAACUCCUCCUGAAGGGUUGCUCUUCUUUGACAAGCUUAUCGACAUCGAAAGACCAUUCAGAGCUUCGGAAUCUCGAGGUCUUGAACAUCUCAGGUUGCCAUGAAUUAAAGAAUCUUCCAGAGUUAACACGCUGCAAAAAACUCAAGAUCAUCGAUUGUUCGGGCUGCAUUGCUUUGGACAUCAAUGCCGAGUCCUUUAGUUCAAUGCCUAAUCUUGAGAAACUCGACCUAUCUGGUACGAAUAUCAAGAAAGUAUCAGACUUACCCCGGAAAUGCCGAGACAUAUCUCGUCUUUUACUCAAGAACUGCACUGUCCUAGAAGACGUUGUCGGUUUGGAACAUCUCCGUAGACUGCAAGAACUCAAUCUUGGCGGCAUCAGAUGUCUGAACGACGGGAAAGCCGAGUUCUUGGAGCAUUUAACAGAACUCGAAAGUCUCGACCUUUCAGGAGUGAAUCUCUCGGAAUUCUCGUCAAUCUCCAAACUCAACAACCUAAGGAAUCUCUCUCUGAUAAUAGAUCAAGAAACUGCAGAUACCGAGUUAUUCUCACCAUUGAAGCACUCAAACCAUCUAGAGGUGCUUCGCCUCUCGGGAACAUCGGUAACAGCAGAGUUUCUCAACAAAAACUGUGAUUCUCUCUGCGCGAAAAGAAUCGUACUAUCGAAUGUGAGCAUUUUGAAAGAGCUUAAUUGGGUCAAAUUCGCGAUCCGAGGCUCUGUGAAAGAGAUAAGCUGGGAAGAUCAUGGAUUUUCUGUUCAUCUUGCAACUGUCCUCGCGAAUAAAAAGCCUUCUUUACAUGUGGUUCAACUGGUGGAAACGAAGACCGAUGAUCGGCAGAACAUAUGUUGUAAAGAACUCAACGUUUCUGUCUGUCUUAAGGAGCAAUGCAGCAACCAUUCCAUGUCCUGUCCAAGAGAAUUGUAUGGCUACGAAGAAAUAUUCAUCAACAUCCUGGGUUUCGCUCGUGGAAAUCAACAUGAACCGUGUCUAGAGAUCCAUGGAGGUGACGGGUCGGGAAAUUUUCCCAAUCUCAUCAAAACAUGGAUCUCCAAAGCUGAAUACGUUUCGUUCAUCGAUAACCUCUCCACGAGCUGUUCAUCUAUCUUGUCUCCAUCCAAAGCAAAAGCUCUCAAGGGUUGUCUGGUGCAAAGAUGCGUCAAGAUGGAAGAUCUUUUUGGUGAUGAAGAAACCGAGCCUCAGAUCCAACAACUGGAAGCUCUCCAGAUCUCAAAUCUUACCAAUCUGACAAAAAUCUGUGGAAAAACAGGUAUGUUUCAGAAUCUGAAGAAGUUAAGCCUCGAAUGCUGUCCCAAGAUCGAAACGUGCGUUUUCCAAGCUUCCCAGACCCCCAAAUACCUGGAGAUUCUGCAGAUCAAGUUCUGCGAUAAAUUGAAGAGGGUGUUCGAAGAAGAUUGUGAAUUGCAGAGCUUACAUACGCUGAUUCUCUUCUGUUUGCAAGAGCUGUUGGCGGUCGGGGCAAGACUGCCUCCUGGUCAGCGACUGCGAGUAUGCAGAGUGGACAAAUGUCCGAAUUUGAAAGAUACAGAAGAAAGUCUGAGUGUAACACCUCCUCCUGCGAUUCGACGACUCUCUCUCGAAGCCAUGAGUCUCUUCGGGCUUGGGAGAAAUCAGAAGACUUUCCGUCCAAAAAAGAGUGCUCCUUCUGGAAGCAAGGGUGCACAGCUUCGAAAGCAUAUCGAUGCCACCCUUGGUAGCGGGAAUCUGAGGGAAGCCGUAAGACUUCCUCCAGGCGAGGAUUUAAACGAAUGGCUUGCUGUCAACACUGUGGAUUUCUUUAACCAGGUGAAUUUGCUGUAUGGAACACUUACAGAGUUCUGCACUCCAGAGAACUGUCCUACAAUGACUGCUGGCCCCAAGUAUGAGUACAGAUGGGCAGAUGGCGUACAAAUCAAGAAGCCCAUUGAGGUGUCUGCCCCAAAAUACGUGGAGUACUUAAUGGAUUGGAUUGAAACUCAGCUUGACGAUGAAUCCAUAUUUCCUCAAAGGAUCGGUGCACCUUUCCCUCCAAACUUCAAGGACGUGGUGAAGACAAUAUUUAAGCGAUUGUUCCGUGUGUAUGCGCACAUUUACCACUCUCAUUUCCAGAAGAUUGUGAGCCUCAAAGAGGAAGCCCAUCUCAACACAUGCUUCAAGCACUUCAUCCUCUUCACUCACGAGUUUGGUCUAAUAGACAAGAAAGAACUGGCACCUCUGCAAGAGCUCUUAGAAUCCAUCAUCGUUCCUUACUGAUCAAGUUAUCUUCUGCUUUGUUCCUGCAUCUCUCCAAGCUUUAAACUCACCCCUUGAUAACAUUUUCCAAAUUGGUAAUUAAGAAAGUUUGAUGUCAAAAAGAAAAAAAUAAUCUGUGUUGGCAAAUAAAUCCUCUGUAAGAUCCUGUUUUUUUAUUUAUUUAUUUAUAAAAAAAAUUGUUUCUUCUGUUGUAAAAUGUAGCAUUUUCAGAUCCAAUUGACUAUGAAUUGCAUUUUUCACAUAUCAAAAUCA